UAUCCUCAAUAUCCCUUCUAUAGGAGAAGUGUUAGCCCAUGAGUCUGAACUUUGGAGAUAUAACUUCAAUAUCUCGGCUGAAUUUCUCCAGUUAACUGGUAUUCAUCCUGGACCAGCAACCUUUCUGCCUGUCUCCUCUGUUAUGCCUCGUCUUCGUGCUCUGCACUUUGUUAUCUCUCGGAUUCUGUUACCUCGCACUCAAUCCUUGGAUAUUAUUCUUCCCUUGGAUUUAUGGAUCAUGGCUCAUGCUGCUGCUGGGAUUCCUUUGGACUUCUCUUACCUACUGUUUGGGGUAUUCAUGACUUAUGGGGAUUCUAGUUUCCCCGGUCCUCUCCCUUUUGGCCCCCUGAUCACUCAACUGAUUCUCCGCUUGGGGAUCUCCAUUACCUCGUUUCAUACUGUUCAACCCUCCUGGGUCUUCCUCGUUGACCAAGUUCUUGAUGAGCUUGAGAUUGCAAACGAGGGGGAGAUGGACGCUGCUGAUACUGAAGAAGGAGAAGACGGCGAUCUUGAAGAGGUGCCUGAAGACGAUGUUGAAGAUACUGAAGCAGCAGGAGAUGAUCUAGACCAGUUUGCAGCUGCUCUGGCUUAUGAAGAAGAAGGGUUUCAAUUUGCAGCAGCUGCUGUCCUGCCUGGUGGACUCUCUGGAGGUCUCGUGGAUUAUAGCUCAGACGAUUCUUCUUCUCUUGGUGACUAGUCUAGGGGGAGCCUAGGUUUAGGGGGAGCUUGCGUUUGCCUCUCAUUUUUAACUUCUUUGGUGUUUUGGAUUUAUUGUGUGGUUCGGUUGGUUUUUUUUUUGUGUGAUUGACUUCCUUGAAACCAGUUUUGUUAUCUCUCUUGGAUAUACUCUUGGUUGGAUAUGCUCUGCGUCUGUUGAGUUUAUUUUGCAGGUAUUAUGUCAUUUGCAAUCUCUGAUCUAGGGGGAGAUUGUUGGGCGAGAUCAGAGCUGGCAAAUCCAGUCAAGGAAGGUGUGGCUAAAUAAGGAAAGUGCUGAUUAUGCUCAACGGCUAGUGAGGGACAACGGCUAUGCUGCUGCCUCUAUUUAUUUGAUCAUCUCCACCUUUUCCAAGACACUUUUACAAGCAAGAAGCAACAGCGGUAUAGGGCUAGUACUUGAGAGUAAAAGGGUCUCUUCUCU